AUGGGUUUUCCACCUGCGAAUCUGGAGCUAGAAUCAAUUAAAUGUUUGUUUGGCGAGAUCGACGAUUUGCAGUCGCAGGUGCUUCUGCAAAUCAGCCGCAUUUCCAAGAGAAGUUCCAGUGAUGACACCGAACCGGUACAAAUCUUCAGGGAAAAGACCGUGAAAACUGCCACAACACUCAUACACAAGAUAGCGGAUUUGCUAAGGGUCACAGACUUGAAAAUCCUGCGGAUUCCAGCAAUUGCUGCUUCUGAACACUAUCUUCAUGAAACUCUUGACCUCUACAAUGGCAAAGUGAAGCAUUUGCGUCGGAAACUCAAAGAAAGCCAGUUGGCAGCAUACCGCAUGGAAAAUGACGUAGUACACCAGCAACGGCUUCGAGAAUAUUGUCCUGCUAAAAACCUGGAAGGCAGUGACCCAACCGAACCUGUCGAUGCCAAGCAAGCAUUGUUCGAAGGAAGGUCUGCCAAGCAUGAGGGUCAGCGUGGAAACGACAAAACAAAGAGCGUCGACGAGCAGAUUUUGACACAGAACAAAAAUAUCUCGUCGAGUUUGCAACAUUCGAAGCAGCUCAUGACAAUGCUGGUCAUGCAAACAGAGUUGAACAUCGACACGCUUGACCAACAGUCAAAAGAUUUAAUGCAGCUAAACGACAAGUUGAUUGACAUGGAGACCGUGCUCACAAAGUCACGUGAAAUAAUCAAGUUCAUUGAAAGGCAGGACAAGCACGACAAGCGGCGCAUUUACGCCGCAAUUUUGUUCUUGCUUCUCUGCUCUGCGUGGGUAUUGUGGAGACGUGUUUUGAAAGUGCCAGUCAAGAUGCUCGUGUGGACCUUGCUUAAGAUGUUUGGUGUAGUCAGCUGG